UUGUUUACCAGGUCUUGUUUGUAUACAAGUGAACACUAUACAUCAAUCAACUUCUGUAACCACCUUUCAAAAACACUAUGCGGCUAGCUAUGCUAAACCAGUUCAUACCUACCUCUACCUGGUUGACUAAGAACUACAGAUCAUCAUAGAAUCUUUAUUGAUAAACCCCUUUUCUUUACGUCUUAAAUACUCGCAGUAGAUUGAGAGCAAUUCUUUUUUAUUGCAAGGACAGCAGCAGACUAGGAGCUUUAGCAAGCACAAGUGAUCCAUGGCCAUAGAUACUCCUCUUCUCGAUAGCAAUCCCAAUGGUGGCCGUCAAGAGCAAAAGCAUAUUAGCGUUAUUAGAGAUUUUGGGGAAGAGUCCAAGAGGCUAUGGAAGCUAGCAGGACCAGCGAUCUUUACUGCCAUUUGCCAGUAUUCACUGGGUGCACUUACUCAGACCUUUGCUGGUCUUGUUGGUGAGGUUGAGCUCGCUGCUGUUUCCGUUGAGAACUCGGUUAUUGCCGGUCUCGCCUUCGGGGUCAUGUUGGGAAUGGGUAGUGCAUUGGAGACGCUUUGUGGGCAAGCCUACGGUGCGGGGCAGCUGAGAAUGUUAGGCAUAUAUAUGCAGAGAUCAUGGGUCAUUCUGUUGACCACUGCCUGCUUAUUGGUUCCAAUUUAUGUUUGGUCUCCUCCUAUUCUGGAAGUCAUUGGAGAGACUACUCAGAUAUCUGAAGCUGCAGGGAAAUUUGCUCUGUGGAUGCUUCCACAAUUGUUUGCAUAUGCAAUGAAUUUUCCCAUACAGAAGUUUUUGCAAUCACAGAGGAAAGUGUUUGUAAUGGCCUGGGUGUCUGCUGUGGUACUGGUGUUGCAUGCAGUUUUCAGCUGGUUGCUAAUACUGAAGCUUGGAUGGGGCUUAACUGGAGCAGCAAUCACCCUCAACACUUCAUGGUGGCUUAUAGUUAUAGGCCAAUUGUUGUACAUUUUCAUUACCAAGUCAGAUGGCGCUUGGUCUGGAUUCUCAUGGCUUGCAUUUGCAGACUUGUGGGGUUUUGUCAAGCUUUCUUUCGCAUCUGCUGUUAUGUUAUGCUUGGAGUUUUGGUACUUGAUGAUACUGGUGGUGGUAACUGGUCGUUUGCCUAACCCCCUUAUACCAGUUGAUGCCAUUUCUAUAUGCAUGAACAUACAGGGAUGGGAUGCAAUGAUUGCUAUUGGAUUCAAUGCUGCCAUAAGUGUGAGAGUAUCAAAUGAACUUGGAGCUGGUAAUCAUCGGCUUGCGAAAUUCUCAGUGGUAGUAGUUUCAGUAACAUCCAUCACAAUAGGGGUUAUUUGCAUGGCUGUGGUUUUUGCAACAAGAGACUAUUUCCCAUACCUAUUCACUACCAGUGAGGCAGUUGCUAAUGAAACUACUAGACUUGCUACCUUGCUAGCAAUCACUGUGCUUCUAAACAGCCUUCAGCCUGUCUUAUCUGGCGUUGCUGUUGGAGCUGGAUGGCAAUCUCUUGUUGCAUACAUCAACAUUGCUUGUUACUACAUCGUUGGAUUACCGGCGGGCAUUCUCUUGGGAUUCACAUUUGGUUUUGGCGCCGUGGGUAUUUGGUCAGGGAUGAUAGGAGGAAUUUGUUUGCAGACCAUAAUAUUGAUUAUAGUCACUUCAAUAACUAACUGGAAAAGAGAAGCAGAUGAAGCUGAGAGCCGUGUUAGGAAAUGGGGAGGAUCAGUUGCAGAGCAUUGAUCGGAAUAAGAAUUGUUUAAGUUUAGAAGGGUAACACCUGCAAUUGAAGCUUUUGCGGAGACAGGCAUCGACACAGAAUCUGCUGAGACAUGUUAAGCCUUCCAUGUUAGAAGAGAUUGUACCAAUAGUCUUUUUUCUCCUACAAUGUUUGAACCAAUUCAGAAUCUUGAUGUGAACUAACCGAUGUCUGUCAUCGGCCUGUCACCUCAAAGCUGAUGUAACAUUGGUAAUUGUGAUUCAAAUGGAGUGAAGAUGUGAACCAUUCCCUAA